AUGAUGGAGCUUGAAGCUAGAGGGUUGAAAUGUCUUGGCAGUGAUUUCACCCCUUCUACAGGCUACCACGACAAUCGAACAAUUACCAAUAACAUCGAUAUCAUCAUGAUAACCGCUGAUAUUUCCUGCUCGAUUCUCUUUAAUACUACCGAAAAUAAAAUUCAUCUAAAGGCGACUUCGAUGAAUACUUUCAGCUUUGAUUGUCAAGAUCCAAAGUCCAGCAUCAUUUCUGAUAUUCAAACCAGUCUGUCGAAAAUCAACUCCGAAAUAACCCUAUCCUCCGAGUUUCCUUCAAAUCACCGGACAAAAAAGCGAGUCAAAGCCUUCUAUCUCGUUUUAACCCGCGUCCAAUUCCCCGAUUCCCCCAAAACGGGUCUAGAAAUCACCGUCGGGAAGACAAAACUCGGCCCGUAUUUUGAGAAUCAGCUGCAAAACAGCCAGGAAAUGCCGGUUUUCCAUACAAAGACAAUCGAAUCAAUCCUCGAACCAGUUUCAAAACAGGUCGCUCAACUAGUAAUACUUCAUGAAGAAGGUGCAGAUGGAAAUGCCCUGCCACCGCUUGAUGCUCCGAUUGGAGUCGUCCAGAAGGCUGUUGCGAAUUUGCAAAAAGUCGGAGAAGAGACUGUUCAGGAGAGCUCGGAUUUACUGUUGAAGAGAGAUAUGCCUCCAGCGUUGGACAUGGUUCAGGUUGCAAGUGAGAGUCUCGGAAAAGCGGCCAUGCUCAUCGCCGCAGACCCUUAUUCCGUCGAGGGCCGCGAAAUCCUGAUCAAAGGCGCUCGUGGCAUUUUGCAAGGCACCUCUGAUCUGCUCUUGGCAUUCGACCAGGGAGAAGUCAGAAAAUUAAUCAAACAAGUCCGCGCCGUGCUUGACUACAUUGGCCUCGCCGAUCAAGUCAUUCGAAUGGAAGAUGUCGUCACGUUUCUUAACUCAUUGACGCCAAGCUUAACUCGAGUUGGGCAGGCCGUCCGUGCUCGUGGGGACGAGUUAACAAGCUUGGUCCAUCGAGAUCUUCUAAUUGGCGCGUUGGAAAGGGCAAUCAAUCUCGCGCCGCAGGUCAUUUCCUCGCUCAAGCUCUUUGUCAACACACCUCCCGAGGAUGCCAACCGUGCCCAAGCCGCCGAGCAACGUGACCUUGCUCAGGUCAACAUGCAGGAUGAACUGCGGGAAGUCAUCCGAGUCCUUCAACUCGUCCAUUACGAUGUCCACGGUUGGGAGCCAAUCUCCCUCGCCGAGUUGAAACGCCUAAAUCAGAAUCUCGACGAGCAAAUGGUCGAUGCAAAGCGCUGGAUCGCUGACACCAACGCCCCACCAGGCGGCGAGGGCGAGCGAAGAGCAAGAGAAGCCGCUCAAACUGCCGCUCAACUUGGUCAAGCUGCUGGAGCUGCAGGAGCGCCACUUACCGCCGCGGCCCAACAAUUCGGCGUCGAAACUGAGCGACUUGCUGCUCUUCGCGCGCAGGGAGCGGAUGCUGCGGGACAGAAAGCUCAGCAACUCGCGGCGCUCAAGGCAGCGAACGAUGUGGAAGAAAAGGCCAAGCAAGCGAUGGAACAAGGCUCUGCAGCGGCAAGGGCGUAUCAUAAAGUGCGCGACAACUGGCAAGCGGCUCAGCAGUGGCUUGCCGAUAGCUCAGCUCCUUCUGGCCCUGGUUCCAAAGCGGUCGGAGAAGUGCUCGACGCUGGCGCAUCUGCUGGUGCUCUUAUGAAUCCAAAGGACAAGACAGAAAUGGACAGACUUGCUGCUCAAGGAAAGGAGAAACUCUCCAAGCUAGAGAAGCUUCGUGACGCUCAAAAGGGGCACACUGAUGAAGCUCAGAAACUAGCGAUGGAGCUCAAGGAUGACUUGGAUACAGUCUCCGGAAAGGUAGCACAGAUUGCGGCGAAGCCUUCGGCUGAUAUUCCAAUGGCAUCGGCGAUGGACAAACUUGGCAAACUCUUCAGAGAUCCCUUGAAAGACGAUGGAUCUGGAAUCCGACUUGUCAGAAAAAUCAUCAGUGAUGCUCGACAAUUGGCGCGUUUUACAGAAGGUCCAUUGAAAGAAGCACUUAUUCAUGACGCGAACCACGCCGAAGAAAUGACCGACGUUCUCGAUGCUGCCAUUAAGAAUCAGGAUUCGGCCAAGGCGAAGAAUGCUGCUGCACAACUGGAACCACGCGUCGAUGCUCUCAAGAAUACGAUGGAAGAAGCAGCUGUUGCGGCCCUAGCUACCGAGUUUUCUGACACUUCAUCUGCUCUCAAGGCGCUUUCAAAUGCCGCUUAUCAACCAAUGUCCAACCCCAACAGAAAUCAACUCUUCGCCGCCAAGGCUGCGAUCUUUGCCGAAACGAGCUCUAGACUCGCUGGUCUUGGUCGACUUGCUGCACCACAAGUUGGAACUGAAAAAGAAAUCAAAGAAGCGAACAAACUCGCUGCUAGACUUGACGAAAUCGCCCCAGCAAUCAUCAAAGCUGGUCGAAUCGUCCUCCAGGAUCCAGAUAACAAGCCGGCAAAGGAGCAUUUCGAACUUCUCAAGGAAGAAUGGACACAAGCAGCCGACAAGCUUUCAGGAAAUCUCGACAGCUGCGCCGAUGCUGCGAAACUCGUCCGAGCCCUUGAGCUUCAAAUGAUUGAAGAUCAGAAAGAAGUGAAGAACCAUGUUGCAACUAACGAUGUAGCAAAGGUUCUUCCUUCAGCAGGAAAUAUGGCUCGAAGAGCUCAUCGAGUCCUGAUGGUGGCGAAACGCGAGGCUGAAAACUCUGAAGACCCUGUUUAUGUCAACAACUUGAAGCAAGCGUUCAACGUUCUCAACACAAAAGUACAGCCCAUGAUCAUGUCGGCCAAAGGCUACGCGACGAAUCAAACUCCCGACUCUUCGUCAACACUUGUCAACUCCGGAGAAGACCUUAUCGCAGCUGUUUCAGCGGUGAGAGAAGCAAUGGAGCCACCGAAAGAACCUGAUUUCCCUGCUCCACCAUCUCCACCACCUGCUUAUGGUCCAGGAGGAGCUCAUGGAUCAGGAGCACCGGAAGUUCCAGAUGAUCCAAAUGAAGGAUCAGCGCCACCAGUUCCCCCAGAAUAUGAGGAGGAAUUCCCAUCUGAUGAUUCCGACGCCGAUCAAGACAUUUACUUGCCAGCCAAAGAACUGUUCGACGAAGUCAACAAAUGGAUGGCAAAAGGCAACUCCCUCAUUGACGCGGCGAAAAAGAUGGCCUUGCUCAUGGCAGAAAUGUCAAGAUUAGUCCAAGAAGGUGGGGAUAAACGUGAGCUGAUCAGAUGCGCCCAUGAAAUUGUCAAAUAUGGACAGCUUGUGGCCAAAUUAUCAAGAGAAAUUUCUGCCAAGUGCACGGAUAAGAGGAUCAAGAACAACAUGACUGGAUCAUCUCAAAACAUCGAAACGAUCGCAACGCAAUUCAGAAUUCUCUCCACCGUCAAAGCCACCAUGCUCACAACUGAGCCAGAAGUGCCAGUUUUAGCAGUGGCGCCUAUUGGCGAGCCAGAUGACGACGCCAAAGACGUUUCCGACGAUGAAGCCGCCCAAGCUCACGAAAUGCUUGUCCACAACGCUCAGAACUUGAUGAAAUACGUCAAGGAAGUCGUCCGAGAAGCCAACGCUGCCAACAUCAAAAUUCGAGCAGACACCGGUCUCACGAUCAAGUGGAUUCCCAAAGACCAACAAGUCAAGCAGAGAAAGCGCAAGACGCGAAAAUCUCAGCCAAACUAA